AUGCCCAAGAAAAUCUUGGUUGGCUACGGGAUCGAUGUCGAUGCUGUGAGUGGCUGGAUUAACACGCAGUCUGGACAGGCUGCAGACCUGACAAAUAUAUCGCGAGGUGUCUUUGGCGCAACGGUCGGGACUGACAGAUUGCUCAAGCUGUUUGAGAAGUACGGCAUUAAAGCAACAUGGUUUAUCCCAGGUCACUCAAUUGAAUCGUUCCCAAAGCAAAUGGCCAAGGUCAGGGACGCUGGACAUGAAAUCGGUCUCCAUGGCUAUACCCACGAAUUCGUCUCGCAGUUAUCACCUCAACAGGAACGGGAUGUACUACAGAAAUCCAUCGAGGUCGUAACCUCGUUCACAGGCAAGAGGCCAAAGGGUUGGACGGCCCCUGCCUGGACGCCCUCUCCUGACACGGUGAACUUACUGGAAGAAUUUGGUGUCGAGUAUGAUCAUUCGUUUAUGCACCACGACUCUCAACUGUACUAUCUCCCGUAUCCACCGGCCAAGUGGAAGGAAACAGAUUAUAAGAACUCUUCGGCCAGUGAUUGGAUGACACCCAUGUCAAUAUUGCGGCCGUCCUCUAUCGUGGAGAUCCCGGCCAACUGGCACGUUGACGAUUGGCCUGCUUUUCAAACGCUGCGUGGACAAGGAUCUUCCGGCUUCGUUGACCCGCACCAAAUCGAAAGAUUUUGGAAGGAACAAUUUGAAUUCUGUUACCGAGAGUACGACCAUUUUGUGUUUCCAAUCAGCAUUCAUCCGCAAGUCAGUGGCAAGCCACAGAUAUUGAUGAUGCACGAGCGUUUCAUCGACUGGAUCAAUCAACACGAGGGUGUGGAAUGGUGCACCUUCGAAGAUAUGGCCAACAAGUUCCGCAAGGGAGAGAUGCAUGGUGCAGAAGUUGAGGGAGGAGUUGACGUGUAG